UGCAGUCUGCCCAUUAGUAUUUCAUGGAAGCGCUGCAGCCCUAUUCCUGGGCAGCCGGAGCAGAGGCUGCGUGCUACGGGCGCCAUCGCCCACCCAGCACGGAGCCCACGCCGCUGGGGCUGGGCUGGGGAGGGAGAGGUAUCCAACCCUCUCUUUUGGGAAGUGAGACGCUGAGGCCUGAGGGUUUGUAGGUCAAGAGACAACUGCCACGGAAAGACAGAGUGACUGAUUCCAGGACAGUGAGCAUUGGGGGAACUGCCAGAAGCACUGACGGAAAAGCUUAAAUUACCUAAAUGACGGAUAAUGGUCUCCAGCUGCCAAAGAAGGUUGUGGGCGCCAAGAGAAAGGUAACCAUCUCUCAGGCCCUCACGGGGAGCUGGAUGCCUCUAGGAGCCCACACUGGCUGGCAGUAGACAUGGCCGAGUUUACAAACUACAAGGAUGCCGCCUCCAGCCGCCACCUGCGGUUUAAGCUACAGAGUCUAAGCCGCCGCCUUGACGAGUUGGAGGAAGCCACGAAAAACCUCCAGAAAGCAGAGGACGAGCUCCUGGAGCUCCAGGACAAGGUGGUUCAGGCGGAAGGCAGCAACUCGAGCAUGUUGGCCGAGAUCGAAGUGCUGCGCCAGCGCGUGCUGAGAAUCGAAGGCAAAGACGAGGAAAUCAAGAGGGCAGAGGAUCUGUGCCAGCUGAUGAAGGAGAAGCUGGAAGAGGAGGAAAACCUCACCCGUGAGCUGAAGUCGGAGAUUGAGCGGCUCCAGAAACGAAUGGCUGAACUGGAGAAGCUGGAGGAGGCUUUUAGCAGGAGUAAGAAUGACUGUACCCAGCUCUGUCUGAGCCUGAAUGAGGAGAGAAACCUGACCAAGAAAAUCUCCUCUGAGCUGGAAAUGCUCAGGGUCAAAGUGAAAGAACUGGAAUCUUCUGAGGACCGCCUAGAUAAAACUGAGCAGAGUUUAGUGUCCGAGUUGGAAAAGCUGAAAUCCUUAACUCUGAGCUUUGUAAGUGAGAGAAAAUACUUGAAUGAAAAGGAGAAAGAAAAUGAGAAAUUAAUAAAAGAACUCACUCAGAAACUGGAGCAGAACAAAAAAAUGAACCGAGAUUAUACCAGGAAUGCUUCUAAUCUCCUGGAAAGGAAUGAGCUCCGGAUUGAGGACGGCAUCUCGUCCGCACUGCCGUCCAAAGAAUCCAGAAGGAAGGGCACUCUGGACUAUCUCAAGCAGGUAGAGAAUGAAACAAGAAACAAGUCCGAAAACGAAAAGAACCGAAAUCAGGAAGACAACAAAGUCAAAGACCUUAACCAAGAGAUUGAGAAACUUAAGACACAGAUCAAACAUUUUGAAUCUCUGGAAGAAGAGCUUAAGAAAAUGAGGGCCAAAAAUAAUGACCUUCAGGAUAAUUACCUAAGUGAACAAAAUAAAAACAAGCUCUUAGCCAGCCAGCUGGAGGAGAUAAAGCUACAAAUCAAGAAGCAGAAAGAGCUGGAGAACGGGGAGGUGGAAGGGGAAGACGCCUUCCUGCCCAGCAAAGGCAGGCCCGAGAGGACUAAGUUCAGAGGCCAUGGGACGGAGGCGACUGUGUCCAAGCACACAUCUCGGGAACUGUCGCCUCAGCACAAGCGGGAGAGGCACCGAAACAGGGAGUUUGCUCUCAACAAUGAAAACUACUCCCUGAGCAACAGGCAGGGUUCCUCUCCCAGCUUCACCAACAGGAGGGCGGCCAGAGCUCCCAACACGGGGGCAGGUACAGAGGCUGGGACUCAGGAGACGAGGAGAACUGAAGACCGAUUCGCAUCUGGCUCUGCUCAGAGCGAAGGGAAGAGGUCCCGGGAGCAGCCGUCCGUGCUCAGCCGUUACCCCCCAGCUGCUCAGGAGCACAGUAAGGUUUGGAAGGGCACUGCCAAGCCAGGUGCUGAGGGCGGGCUGAGGGGAAGAGUCGAGAAGACGACACGGACAUUUAGCGAUAGCACCCCUGGUCCUGUUCCCAGUGACAUAGUGGGCAGAGGCGACAAGGCUUCUGACCCCUCCACGGAGGCCCUCUUUGGCAAGAGGGGGCAGGGGCCCAGCAAUGGGAGCCAAGUGACUCAGGCCGCAGACGCCGGCAGUUCCAAGGCUGUUGGAGCUCUGGCCUCAUCUCGAAGACCCUCCUCAGAAGGGCUCUCGAAGGGCAGGAAGGCUGCCGGCGGCUCCGAGGCUGACACCAGUUCCCUAGAUGCCAAGGCUCCACUUUUGUCCAAGUAUCCGUACAGCUCCAGAAGCCAGGAGAACAUCCUGCAGGGCUUCUCAGCCCCCAGUAAGGAAGGAGGUGAUCAACCCACAGCAGUCGUGAUGGACGACAGCCAGCACGAGGCCCUGAGGUGCCGAGUCAUCAGACCCGGUGGCCGAGUGAAGCCAGACUCGGAUGACGACAUGGACGUGGCGUCUCUCGUGACCGCCAAGCUGGUAAACACAACCAUCACCCCGGAGCCAGAGCCCAAACAGCCCCACCCUAGAGAAAAGGCCCCAUCUCGAGGGGGCCUCCGAACUGCCCUGUUCGAGGGUGAUAAAGAUGUUGGGACAGAAAAUGAAUCUGUGAAAGCCGUCAGAGCCUCCACCACUGCUGCGGAGUUCCCAGAGGCCCACGGUCCUGCGGUGAAAAGCCAGCGGCCCUUCAGCCCCCGAGAGGCCUUGCGAUCUAGAGCCGUCAUCAAACCUGUCAUCAUUGAUAAGGACGUGAAGAAAAUCAUGGGAGGUUCUGGACCCGAGGCCACGGCGGAGAAGCAGACAUCGGCCUGCAGCCCAGGGCCCAACAAGGUGACGAGCAGCAUUACCAUCUACCCCGCGGACAGCAGCAGCCCGAGGGCCGCCCCGGGCGAGGCCCCGCGGGAGAGGCACACGUCCACCAGCAACAUCCAGGUUGGGGCCCCCGAGCUCACAUCGGUCAGCAACCACGUCAGCUCCCCCUUUGAGCUCUCCAUUCACAAACACGACAUCACCCUGCAGUUCCCAGAAGCGGAGCGACUGGGCGAGGGGCCCCUGAAGAACAGGCCUGAAACAGUGGUCUCCCGGAGCAGCAUCAUAAUCAAGCCGUCGGAUCCUGUGGAGAGGAACCACCACGCAUCCCCCGCGGAGACAAUCAACUGGAAGAGCCAUGGCGCCCCUUCAGAAGGGAGCGCUUCAGACGCCAGGCAUGUUACUCUGCGGAGCGCCUGGAAGAGGAGACGCGACCUGAACUCUUCAGAAGGUCCUUCCACUCGAAUAGGGAAAAGUGUGGAAUCUUCCAGCGCCUCCGCCCAGAGGUCUUCCACAGACUCCUCAGACCUCGAGCAACCCAGGCCACACCUCUCUGAGCAGGGUGCUCGAAGGGUGGGAGACGCAGGGGACGCCCCCGAGCUCCCCUCCAGAAGGACCCAAAGUAGCCUCACGGUAUCUGAGCUGCUCGCUCGUCGGAAUCGCGGAGGAGACGCUGUCCCGGCCGCAGCCUGGAACCACUCGGCAGGCAUGGAGGAAGGCGACGACUGCACACUCAGUGUCCACAGGCGACUGCACAAUGCCCUGGAACUGCCCGCAAAGCAGGGGCUGUCAGAGCUGGGGCGAGUGCGGCCCGAGGACCGGUUACGGCCCAGCAGGCCCUGCGCCGAGGAAAACUGAGCCAGCGGGGUGAGGUCUUCUGUCUCCUCGGCUCUUCCACCUUCGCGGGAGCCCUGCGAAGGAUUCAAGGCCAGUGAACCAAGCUCGACAGCAGGCCUUGGCUGGGACCGGCAGAGCCAGGCUGGGGCUCAGGUCAUUGUGCCAGUUGGCCAGAGGGGAUCAGUAAUGACUAGCUGGACAGUCACCCAGGCCCGGCCUUCCCUGAUUGAUGCAUGAGUCCUCCCUCCUUGUCCCUGUGCCCCAGGUAGGAUGGGCCACUCUGGCUCCCAAAUGGGGAAUGCUAUAGAAACUCCUUCUAGACCCACCACACAACAGCAGCCCCACUGUGUGGUUAACGUUCUGAUUUCUUAGUCUCCUCUCCACAUCCAGGCCACUUCGUCUGUCCUCGGGGCCCAAGUACCUGCACACGACUUACCAGCCAUCAGCUCCACGGAGGGGGCUUCCUUUCCUUUCCCCGUUGGUUCCUCAGACUUACAGGAGGUCUGCUGCCUCUCGGGCUGUGGGACUGCCCUGUAGGCUGAAGCUUCUCUGACCGACCCCCUUGCUGACCAGUUCUCUGGGGGCAGAGCACACGGGUACCCACCUGUUGGAAUGACACCCUCCCUCCCCCACGCCCAGCUCUCUGCUCACCUCCAAAGGCACCUGGCAGUGCACAAGCCUCAUGCUCCUCCUUCCCUGGGCACCAGUAAUGCUGCUGGCCUUGCCUACUCCUCUCUUGUGGCUGGGGACUGCAGGCUGACGUCGUUUGCACCAUCGGAACACUCCCGGACUAAACAGGGCCUGACCCAGCCUACUCUGCCUUCUGGGAAGCGCCCAGCAAGGGGGAAAGGGGCAGCAGAAGCGACUCCCCUUUACUCAACUCCACAAAGCAAUAGCUCCACGAAAGGCAUGGACUCUGUUCCUCCUCCUUCACCCCCACCGAGGGGGUAUCGCACUUUACCAAGCUGAUCAUUCCUGCAGGAGUGGGUCCAUGAUUUGUGCAAACCAACCGUCGUGACGACUUCAUGGGAGGAAAGGCAACACACACCCAUGAGAGGCCACAGGUUUAUACAAUUCAAAACGCAGCGAACUUUUCAGGAAGCCACAUAAAUAAAAACUGAUUAGUUUUCAUAUACCAUUCACAUGGGGAAGUUAAAAACCAUGUGUCCUUGACACUGCUUUUCCUGUAGCAUUUUCUUAGUUUAAAGAAGGGAUCCCCUUUCAAAGGCUACCUUUAUGAAGCAGACACUGUUCCUUCAUAGUGAAAGAGAGCGUUAGACUAGGAGUCAGGAAAGCUGGAUUUUCUUCAUGGCUCUGUACAUUCUGUGUGACCUUGAGGAAAUAAUUGUCCCCUUGGGGCUUCAGUUUCCCUAUCUGUAAAAUGAGUUCUUUGAAAUGGUUUCUGAGGGUCCUCAGUUUGGCAUUCUAAGACUCUUCCCUUCCACUGCUUUUGAUUGCUUUUCUGAACUCUUAUUCUUUCCAGUUUUCCACACAUUAUCGUGUCAUGAGGCUGAGCUCCGAGAUACUCCCUGGGCCUCAUUUUACCAGCCUGUAAAGUGGGGGGGUGAGACUAGAUGCUCUCCGCGGCUGUUUCUGGCACCAACCUUGCCCGAUGCCGCACAGUACCUCCUGGCUUCCAGGCCAGGUGCUUUCCGUAACCCAGGUUGGUGUGUCUCCUGUUCCCAUGCCGAGUCGUCUUGGCUGCCCCCCUCAGUGUGGGAACCGGCGCCCAUUCUGCCCUCGUCUGCAUCAGACGUGGCACCUCUGGAGGCUCGGGGAGCACCUACCUUACCUUCAGGGACGUAGUUCCACUUUCAGGAGUUUUGCCAAUCUAAGGGCAUUGUCAUGGGCUCGCCUUCCCUUCACAUUGCUGCCUCAGAUGUUCAAUUUCAGAUGCUGUUUUCAAAAUCUCUUCCUGCUGCUUCUGGGUCACUGGCCAGAAACUAGCUUGCUCACGGCCGCAACCUCUCAUUUCCAGCCUCCCUGCCAUUGUUCCCUGCUUGGCAAACCUGAGAGCAGAAAAGAAACUGACCUCUGUGGUGGUCAACUGAGAGUGUGGGAGACUGAGUCUGUGGCUCGUCUCUGCUGGUGGAAACAGAAGGGCGCCAAGCCAUGCCUACAAAAACCUCGCCAAUCAUUUCUCGUCUUUGGGCGUUGGAGCCCUGGAUUCUGGUGCUGUAGCUCCUGGUGCCAAAGUCUGGAUCUUUCCACAUCUCAGCAGAACCAACAUCUGCCACUACCCCAAAUGCUCUAUGGAAGAGGGACAGCUGUGGUGCCCUCUUGCUGGGGCUACCUUAAAAUCUGAGUGCAAUAGGGUGUGAUUGUAACAGUUACUUCAGGAUAAAUAUUUUCUUUCAUCUGCACACUUUCUAGAACCGCUGUAAAAUAGAUUAAAAAAAAAGUCAUCAGUAUUGCAGAAAACAACAAUCGUAAUAGCCAGUGAAGGCUGGAGGCUCAGCUCCCUUGGGCUUCCAAUGGCUGGCAAGGAAGGCUGGCUCUCAGAUUCCAAAGUUGGAAGGCACGUUUCUGAAAAGGAAACUGGGUGUGAGCUUCUGGACCUAGGCAAAGGCCUCCAGAUAAAGGGGAGAGCUGGUAGUUGAAGAGUUGUCCAAUCAAGCCAAAUAUUCCGUCCCAGCCAAUAAACCCACUUUUAUGACAAGCCUCUCCUGCAGCUUGGUUCUAACUCAGUCUUACUGGCAGGUGUGUGGUUGUGAGAAGUUCCUAGUGGGAACGGGGAACAUAACACUCCAGAGUUGGUUGGAGGAAGUAGAGCUGGCUAAACGCCGGGAGCUGGCCGCCUCCAACUGCUGUCGCCUGUCUCUUGCCACUCUGAUACUAAAAACCGCCAGAGAAAGCUGCAGGGGUGGGGAGCAAAAGGAAGCCGUGGCUGUUUUUGCUCUUGAGCGGCAGGUCUAGUGUGGGUUAAAGGGAUUUGCAGUGGGGCCGGCCGAGGACUCUGAUCCAGCCUUGGCCACAGGCAAGCUUGCACAUAAGUCCCUCUCAUGGGGUGUGGGAGAGUCUGUAGUGAUCUUGGGGUUGUCAUCCUGGGGUAGUUUUAGGUCUUUACAUUGAGUGGGUUAGUGCCAAGUGCUGCCACUUCCCAGUGAAGGACUAAGGACCCAGCCUGCAGUCCCCAGCUGCCUUUGCUGGUGUUCAAGACUGCUUUGGAAGAGCUGCUUUUAGGGAUUAUCUUUUAAAUACCCCGAGUGGGGAACAGGGUUCGCCUCAAAGCCUCACAACCAAGAUCAUAGGAAAGGGGCCCUAUUUUCCUGCUGCUUCACAGCUCAGAACAUGUACUGAAUGGAAUGUAUUUUUAAGAGAAUAAAGUCUAUUUUUUUGUAUUUUAGAGAUUGGGAGGGCUAGGGAAGUAGCCCUCAAAUAAACUGUACUGCAUUUUAGGCCCCUUUGCGAAGGGGUGUCAGUAUGUCGGUCAGCACACGUACUUGCUUAGGCAAGUGUUUGGGUCUCACCCCUGCCCCUUCGAGUCUCGGGGCAGCAGCUUCUCCCACAUUCCUGCUCCAAGCAUGGGACCAAGGAGGCCGGACCCUGUCGAUGGAAACCAGGGCAGAGCCAGGAGCAGUGACUCAGGGCUCCUUGGGUGCAUGUGUAUAGUGGAAGCUGCCUGUCUGCAUGUAUCCUCUGGCUCCAAUGCUGUCUGUCGGCUCUGCAGCACAGUAUGUAACCAAUAAAGCUCCCUCGUUUCCAUGUGCUCUGUGUGUGACUGAGUCAGUGGUGCCAUUUUUGUUGAUGUCAUCUCUGCAUACAACUGUUUUCUUUCCCAUGCGUUGGUGCAGCUAGUAUAUUUCAUUGUA